UGUCGUAAGUGUUGACAAGCUGGGAGAAGUGACAUAAAAAUCCUGUUUUUCGUGGAAUAAUAAAUAUGGACGAGCCCAUGGAAGAGAACAUCGCGGAUUCCACUCAAUCGGAACCGCCAGAUGACAAGAAGAAACAAAAUCCUUCCAUUUUGAGGCCAGGGAGUAUGGUGAUGAUGACAUUAACAGUGGAAGAUUACGAGACUCAUUAUUGGCCCAAGCUUGAGAGUGCCAUGAACCAACUGCUGACAAUGACCCCAGGGGGCUACAUUCCCAUAUCAUAUGAGCAGAUGUAUAGUUGUGUAUAUAAGUGUGUGUGUAAGCAGUUUUCUGAGAGAUUGUAUGCUGAUUUACUGAGACAUAUCACCAGUCACCUGGACAGGCUCAACGUGGAUCUGGAAAAUAGCAAAACUGAUGUAAAAAGUUACGUAGAGAAGUUUGCGUUUGCAAUGAACCAGUAUCUGCAAGCCUUGAGUGGCAUCGUACCAAUUUUCAAUUACAUGAACAGAUUUUACGUUGAAACGAAAUUAAAAACAGAUUUGCAUGCAGAACUGCAGAAGAUCUUCACAUCUCAUGUGGCAAAGAACCAUAUCAACUUUCUACUGCCACUGUUAGAAGAAGUCAGUAGUCAUCCAUUCCUUAUCUCUCCUCCUACCAUGGCAACCAUGAUUAAAAACUUACACCUUCUGAACAAAGAGUUCGCUCAGUUGAAGCCCCAGCUGUUUGCAAAGUACAUCCCCAAUGUGUUACCUGCUACUUCAGAGAAGGACUUAGAGAGAUACAUUCAGGAGACAAAGGAAAUGCAGUCUGCUCUCUAUAAUAUUCCAGAGUUUCACAGGUUGGAGAGUCAGAAGAGACCAAAUGAGGAAGAAUCUGUCAAGCCAGUACCCGUUGUUAAUUAUCCACGACUGGAUUCUUUGUGAUAGCAGAUGGUAGCCAGUUCUUCUGGUUGGAGGCUAUCUACUCUUUGGCUGAACGCUUCUCACUCUGCCAUGCCAUCAUUGACGUUUACUUCCUGUAGGAACACACCAGUGCGGUUGUUCUCAGGCUUCCUGUGUGUGCGUGCGUGUGCAUGUCGGCUGUGGUGCUGUGUCAUCACAAUAGAGCAUUGUUUUGUGCAGUGUACACAGACUUGUGCACACCAGGUAUAAAAUUGCUGAGCAUAGCCGUGUAUGUCAGCUUAUUAGCAACUCCCUUACAGAGAAUGACUGAUAGCUGUUUGCUCAGCCAAUAAAUAAAGCUGUUGUACUACAGCUUUAUAGCUAAAUCUUUAUUUAUCUACAUACCAUUAGCUACUAUUGCUCAGUGCUCUGGAAAAAUGGAAUGAGAGACAGCUGUGGACUGUGUGACAAAGCAAACCUGGGAUAUUGUGUGCAACCUUCUGUGUAUUGAGCAUAUAAAGCCAUGUAACAUGAGAUACAGCUGAAACAUUGUGGGACAUUGUAAAACUGACUAGAUGAUACUGCCGGGCAACUCUAUGGUGUAUCAUAGCCUGGAUCAUUUUGACUCUUCAACUUCAUACGCUGUAGCUAGUAAUUUAAAAACUACAGCUUUGGUGAAACAUCAGUUGAUAGAAUCAAGU